ACAGGCGCUCCACUCCUCUGCUGCCUCCCCUCUCUCUCCUCUCCUCCCAUCCUUAGAGGACAGAGCGAUGCGGAGACAAUAGGACGCAGAAGAGCCGGAGGAGACUGCAGGAUGCUCGGCGCCACAUCCACCGUCACACCGCUUCACGGAGGCUUCUCACAGGACACCGAGAUGAGACGUUUCUCCCGGCUCACCUGGCUUUAGUAUGCGCUCAGGUCAACCCGUGUGUUUACAGGCAGCCUGGGCUGACAGGGCGGACUCCACAGCCCCCAUAUGGGAACCAACUGAAGGUGACACCGGGUGUUAGCUGCUGCUGCUCUUGUCCUAGCUGAGCGUCCGUUCCACAGUUUUUUUUCUCCCCCGGUCCGUCCCUUGCAACAGUCCCCGGAAUGAGUUCCUCUCCGCUGGUGUCUCGAGCCAACAUGGACAUCCUGGACGAGCUGCAGCUGAUUGCAGCCCAGAACCUGGAGAGGCUGGAGGUCAACAAGUACUAUGAGGUGAUCAGGGAGUUGGGCAAGGGCACCUACGGCAAGGUGGACCUGGUCAUCCACAAGAUAAGAGGUACAAAAAUGGCACUGAAGUUCCUGAAGAAGAAGACAACCAAGCUGAAGUCUUUUCUGCGGGAGUACAGUAUCUCGCUCUACCUGUCGCCCUGCCCUUUUAUCAUCAACAUGUUUGGCAUCGCCUUCGAGACAGACGAUUACUAUGUGUUCGCGCAGGAGUACGCUCUGGCAGGGGACCUCUUUGACAUCAUUCCUCCACAGGUUGGUCUUCCUGAGGCAGUGGCAAAGCGCUGUGUGCACCAAGUAGCCAUCGCACUCGACUACCUGCACUGUAAGAAGCUGGUCCACAGGGACAUCAAGCCUGAAAAUAUCCUCAUCUUUGACCGAGAGUGCCGCAAGGUCAAGCUUUCUGACUUCGGCAUGACACGCAGAGCUGGCUCACCUGUGAAAAGAGUGAGUGGCACCAUCCCCUACACGGCCCCAGAGCUUUGUGAUGUGUCCCGCCAUGAGGGCUUCUGUGUGGACUACAGCACUGAUGUCUGGGCCUUCGGUGUGCUGCUCUUCUGCAUGCUGACUGGCAACUUCCCCUGGGAGAAGGCACUGCCCUCUGACUCCUUCUACCAGGAGUUCAUUCGCUGGCAGAGGAGGAGGACGAACACCGUGCCAUCCCAGUGGAGGCGUUUCACUGAGCAGGCCCUCCGCAUGUUCCGCCGGCUGCUCUCCGUUGAACAAGACCGUCGCUGCUCCGUCAAAGAGGUCUUCGGGUACUUCAGCCACUCCUGGAUGCUGGACGCGGAGAACAACAACAACAAUGGCAACAGCAACAGCAACAGUGGAGGCGGUGGAGAAAGGGUUAACGCGGGAGGAGGAGGAGGUGGAGGAGGAGGGGCAGGAGGAGGUGGAGGAGGAGGAGGGGGAGGGGUGCGCGGAGAGGUGGAUGGCACUAUCUCGUCGUCUUCAUCCGGCGAGGAAGAUGAGGAGCUCCUUGUGGAGAGGAUGAAGCAGCAGACUUUAUCUCCUCUAUCCCCGCUGUCACCCCUCUCUCCUAUGUCUCCGGUGGUGGUGGAGAGGGGUAGCGGUGGCGGGGCUAAGGGCGGGAUGAUGGAACCAGGCAAUGGCCACCAUUUUGUGUCCGUCUCCACCAACAGCUCCGUGUCGUCCACCAACAGUUAUGAUCGAAUGCCGCGAGAAAACAAUUCGCCGGGUGGUCGCAUGCUUGUGGCUACGCCCAUUGAAAUCUGCGUCUGAGUGCGUCAGAACGUUAAUGUUAUCGCAGACUGGUACACACUUUUAUACCUCUCAUCCAACCACAUAGAUGUGCAUGCAUGGAAAAAAGAAACAGACAAUGAAUACUAACGUUUUAAACAUCUUGAGAAAGGAAGGGCACACAUGGAAGACUUAGAAAGUAUUUGUAGAAUGCAUACAUUCCUCAAGAGGUAGGACCUUUGGUCAGUGGUGUCGAGAGACUCCAAAAAGAAGCCCCAUUUACACUUUUAUUUCAUUGAUGUGCGCAAAUGCAGUUUUGUGAAACCCAGAGGAAAAAUGAAAAAUUGCUUCCAUUAGAGAUUCUGUCACUUCAACCAUCCGAAAAGAAGACCAAAAUGUAUUUCUAAAAGCAAUACUUCCAGCAAAAAAAGUAAAUAAGACACAAAAGUAGAAGAGUGGUGUGUGAUCUCUUCAGGACGUUGUUUUUAAUGAAGCCAAGGGACAAAGGAUUUGUAUUUUUGAAGAAGACUAAAACAGAGUUCAAGGAAAUACCUUCUAAGAUAAAGACGAGUGAGCGGUGGUUUUAAAUGUUUCAUGUGUAACAAUGUGAAAGUGCGAGUGUGUUUGUUGUGUGUAUCACUGUGUAUGUAUGAAUCUGAAAGAAGUGGAUUUUGCUUUGAGGAUUUGAUUAUUUAUUUGAAUCUAAAAAGACUACACACUCUAUUUUUUCUAUUGGUUCUUUUGUAAAGCAGCUUUCUUUGUGUUCCGUUCGACUUCACAUUUGAUGUUCUGGCAUAGCUGUGCCAAAUCCACUUCUCUGUGCAACAUCUUUGGUUGGCUGUACAUAUUGGUAUGAAUAGUUAUAUAUUACGUAUGAGUUUUAACCAAUGCUUUUCAGGCGGAAUAUUUUCCCGUCCACGACGUCAAGACUAGACCGAAAGAAGGCUUAUGAUGUCUCUGUUCUUCAUGUCAAACAUAUCUACUUCACUGACUUCACUGUCAAGACUAUUUUCUACUCACUCUCGAAAUUCUGUUUGUAUAGCUUAUGUUUUUUCUUUGAAACUUUUUCCAAACAAUUCCGUUUGUAUUGCUUACGUUUUCUUCUAAAAUUUUAGCAAGAUGUAUUGUCUGAAAAAAAAGAUCACUUAGCAUUUUCAAUUCGAGGGAAAGAAAUCACAGAAGAUGUUGAGGAGUCACCUUUUAUAAAUUGCAUGAAGAGUAGCUAAAACUUACCUUUACGAAAAAAUCUGAACCAGCUUUACAAAAAAAUUUGGGGAGAAAAAAAAAAGGAUAAAAAGAGACGUAAAUUGUUGUGAUGUGGAAUUUUUGCCGUAGCACAAUUUCUUGCAUUAUGUCCGAGAGUGAAUAUUGCCGUCAUGAUCUCCUGAGACAUCCUAGGGCUAAAAAAUCAGAACAAUAAUUAGUUUCUAUUCAGUGUGUUGUAUUUGUAUUAUAUUGCUAAUAGUGUCGUGUACAUCUUACCACUUUCAGAAAAAAAGCAAAGCAUGAGGACAUAGAGCGAGAGGCUUGAAUUUAAAUCACAGGUAGGGAAUUAAAUUCUGUAAUUUUAGAAGAGACUUUUGCUUCUAAAUUGCCACUUUUAGUGAAGUAGUGUGGCAUAGAUGUUUUUUACCACGUUAAAAUUAACAGCAAAAAAAAAAUCUGUCUUUCCUUUGACUCAUCGUGAAUAUUACCUAAAUGAUUUGAAGAAAAAAAAAGCAUUGGAUCAUGCACAGGAAUGGGCGUUUUGUGUGUUGCUUUCCAGACAUAAAUCUGCAUGAACGUGUAUGUGCUAAAGCUCUGUUGUGAAAACCUGCUCUGUGUUUCUCCUGUCACAAGCUGUAGUAUUCUCUAGAUGUAGUAUAGCUGCAAACAACAUGUUUCUUUAUCUUGUGAGAGUCACUAGCCUCAGCCUGAAUAUGCCCGACUGACAUAAACCGUUCAGAUCAUUUUCAUCAAAGCUGCUCCCGGAUCAGCGAGCGAGUAUGCAAAUUACUACAUCUUGUGACAAUCUCUGACCUCAUCGGCAGCCUUCUGACUCAGAACAAAGGACGGUCCUGAUACAGACACUGUAGCCGUGCUGUUUUCUAUAGCUGCUUGCUCUCCAUCAGCCAGCUGCGAGCAGCACUGGCUCUGCGGCGUUUACCGUGUGAGCUCCAGCACAUCGGAUUCUGCUGCUGAGGCCUUUCACAUGGCCGUAUGAAGAAGACGUUACAUGGGCCUGUACAUUACCUCAUCAUGUCAUUCCCUCACUGCAGUAUUCCCCAUAAAAACACCCUUCUUCUUCUCCUGAACACUUGAUGUAUCCACUGCAUAUCAAAUGUCUGUACUAAUGAACCAUUUAGUCUGAUUAAACAUCAAGUGACAAAUCUGGCAGCGGUGAAGCAAAGGGGUGGCCAGUUUUUUUGAGAACAAAAGAAAUAAUCAAAUGAGAGUUCACAUGUAAUUUCUUUAAAUUAACACAAAUGGCCUAACCAUAAAAUAUGCUGCAGAAAUGACCUUUUGUUUAUUUGCUGUGACUCUUCAAUGCCUUAGAUAGCUUUACCUUUAUCUAUGAACUUUUCAAUUUCCAUCAUUUGGUCUCAGCUGAUCAGUUUCCAGAGCUCGCUUCCUCCCUUUUGUAACGGACAACGAUUGUGUAGUUAACUGACAGGGCAUGCAAUAGAUGAGUGUGUUUUAUGACAGUGUAGCUGGGAGUGCAAGAUACUGCCUUAUACACUUUAACACAGAGAACGGACAUUUAAUUCUUUACCAUGGUCAAAUGGAAGUUAAAAAUUUGAAUUUUUGAACAGUAACAGCAGAGGCCAGAAUAGAGAAUAAAGCCUGGCUACCCCAUUGGUCACCACAUCACUACUCUGGUCAAUAUUUUCUUUUCUUUACGGAACCUUUCCUGCAAAUAGCUAAACAUAUUCCUAUGCUGUGCAGAGUUAUAUUAAAGGCGCUCUGUGGAGUUUUCAUGUGAACAAACAUGAUGUAAUGGUGGCACACUGUUACGUUUCUUGGUGUGUCGCUGCCACCAGUUGUCAGGGAAUUAUAGCAGAAAACUGGCGUAAGGAUGUGCAUGCAGGUCUUUGUAUGCACAAAUGGACACCCGCCUGUAAAAAUAUUGCUCAUAGCGCUACUAGUGGUCAAUCUUCCACAGGGUACCUUUAACUUUGUCUUUUGGAUUUAAAAUGGAGAUUUACUUUUGCUUCUUCUUUGAGAACUUCUUUGGAGGUUCGUCGUUAUAUAUUAACAGACUAUUUGGGGUCAGUCUUAAACAAAAUUCUGGUCAUAAGCAAACAUCCACUAACUUCCACUGAAUUACAUAUAACAGCUCAUUCAAUAUCAUCUCUAAUGGUGUACUGUAGCUUGGUAGUCAUUUAGCAGUGACUGUUGACUGUUAAGUGAGUGAAUGAAUACAAAUCUAAAACAGUGACUAUUUGACCUGUGGCACUGUGCCAAGCCAAAAAAGAAAAAAAAGAAUAAAACUCAAAAAAGACAAAGUCAAUAUGAAAAGUGUUUGGCUUCACCACUAAAAUCUAUGUGAGACUCAUUCUUAGACCCAAUGGUCAAUAUGUUAUAACAGUGUUAGGGAUUGAUACUAAAGAAUCUUAGUGUAUGUUUGCAUUAAGAAUGUCAGAGUGGAUGUUUUGGUAUAGUGCCAUGUUAGGAUGAAAGUUACUCCUGUUACGAUCAGGUCCAGUACCCGCUGCAGCCGAGGACACCUGACCUGAGAGCAGGGAUGAGUCACACCAAACCAGACACGAAGGGAUACGUCACCUUUUCUUCCUCGCAACGUCUGAAUCAGUCGCUGCUGCCCCCUCACCUCAUCCACUACGUAACGUGUGUUGUAAUGGAGUUCCAGUGUCUCUACUGUCCAGUGACAUAUUUCAAAGCAACAUCAUUUUGGUGGAGUUUUAGUGAGUAGAUGACCACAGCACUAGAACUCGUAUCCGGUUCUGUCUUUGCAAUACAACUGUCUUCCUGUAAGCUGAGAUUUAGUCAAUAAAAAAUGAGAAUUCU